UAUUCUUUUUGCCUCUUGGAUUCGUUUAUACAUAAUCUUUUGUCCUUCUCAUUCUUUCCAGACUCUCUCUCUCUUUUUCUCUCAUACAAUCAGAGAAGCCAUGUCUGGGGAAUCAGCCAGUGCAAUUCACAGAAACCAGGUUGAUUUAGUGGACUUCAUAGACUGGUCUGGGGUUGAAUGCCUCAACCAAAGCACUAGCCACUCUGUUCCCAAUGCACUUAAACAGGGUUACAGAGAAGAUGAUGGAUUGAAUCUGGAGAGUGAUGCUGAUGAGCAGCUUUUGAUUUAUAUACCUUUCACCCAAGUUAUUAAACUGCAUUCUAUUCUGAUUAAAGGAUCUGAAGAGGAAGGUCCUAAAACAGUGAAACUUUAUUCAAAUAAGGAGCACAUGGGCUUCAGCAAUGUCAAUGACUUCCCUCCAAGUGACACAGUUGUUCUGUCCCCAGACAAUAUCAAGGGGAAGCCAGUGCUUCUGAAGUAUGUCAAAUUUCAAAAUGUUCGUAGCUUGACAAUUUUUAUUGAGGACAAUCAAUCUGGUUCUGACAUCACAAAAGUUCAAAAGAUUGCCCUUUUUGGAUCAACGGUGGAGACGACAGACAUGAAGGGUUUGAAGAAGAUUGAGGAUCAUCAGCACUGACCCGAAAAGAAAAAAUAUAAAAGGGGUUGGAUAUAUGUGUUCGAUCACUAGGACACAUGUACAAGCUUCUCAUUUUUCUUUUAAAUUUUUUUAUAGGUUUUACAGCAUAGACAGCUUCAUGCAUGAAAAGUUAUAUGGCUUUCUGACAUACCUUUAUCUGUGUGGUAGUGGUAAUUUGAUGGAUUAAUGACUUGGGCUUACAUUUAAAUCCCGUUGAGGUAUGUGUUUAUGGAUUGCCUUGAAACUUUAUCUUGGAAACAAAGUUGCCAACUGCAUGAAAUUGGGAUCAAAUUUUUUAUUUUGAUAUGAUUUUCUGCCUUGCUUGA